AUGGUAUAUUGUGGGCUGUUGCUAAGACGAUCCUUAUUUGCUCACCAAGGAAGGACCACUGACAUGACUUUGAUAAGAGUAACCCAGAUAUUCGAAUCAUGCCAGCUUGGACCUGGGAAGAAAUUGAUUAUUGUAGGCAAAAAGUGCUCAAAAAUAUUCAAUUCACUUAAGCUCAAACAAGCGAUUGACUCUUGCGAUGAAAGAAUAUUAGAAUGUAUUGGCGGAAGCGAUAGCGAUCAAGACGUGAGUCACAAGCUCAUCCAUAUAUGGACAAACGUGAAUAAUUAUAUUAUGGACAUAAAGGGUAAGAGUAGCAUUGAAAAGGAUAAGAGAAGUAUUAAAGACGAAGUCAAGUACAUUGAUAAAGGAGAAUACUACACGCAAACAAUUAUAAAAUUUGCAUCUAACUACGUAGGUGAAAGGGUGACUAAGAGACUCAAAAAUCAUAUAAUGAACCGAUUACAGUCAGAAGUGGAAGCAAGUACAUAUUCCUUUUUACCAUCUUUUAGAAGUAAAUCUACCUGA